AUGUCUGUGUCCGGGAGGAAGGAGUUUGACAUGAAGCAGAUUCUAAGGCUGAGAUGGAAAUGGUUUAGUCACCCCUCGCAGGGCUCUUCUGGAAACAGUGGCUGUCUCCAGCAGGAGGGAUUUGAGCACCGUGGCAUGGGUCAGAACAGGUUGAAAAACCACUCUCGGGACAGAGGUGGGCUCAGGAAAAGCAGUAGUCCUGUAAACAGUUUACUGGCACCUGUGCCAGCUCCAAUUUACAGCAGACCUGACAGUCAGCCAUGGCAUCAACAGAAUACAGUGCCACGCACGCCAGAGACUGAAGGACUUGCUAAAAUUUCUGUGCAAGAUGACACUGUUAAAGAAGAAGAAAAAGAAAACAAAGAAGCAGUGGAAUCAGGAGGUGUUGAUGUUACAGAAGAGGCUACAGAGAGGUUGCCAUUGAACAGCUGUUCUUCGAAUAGAAUGAGUUCCGGUAGUUCAGAUGAGUUCUUCCAGUCAAUGAAUCAUGCAGAGCAAACAUUUCGGAAAAUGGAGAACUACCUCCAGCACAAACAACUGUGUGAUGUUCUUCUAAUUGCUGGAGAUCACAAGAUCCCUGCUCAUCGGCUAGUCCUCAGUGCUGUUUCUGACUACUUUGCUGCCAUGUUUACAAAUGAUGUACGUGAGGCCAAGCAAGAAGAAAUUAAAAUGGAGGGUGUCGACCCAGAUGCACUUAAAGCACUCGUUCAUUAUGCUUACACAGGUCUCUUGGAGCUGAAAGAGGAAACUAUAGAGAGUUUAUUAGCUGCAGCAUGUCUUCUUCAGCUCUCUCAAGUGGUGGAUGUAUGCUGCAACUUCCUCAUGAAACAGCUCCAUCCAUCAAAUUGUUUGGGAAUAAGAUCCUUCGCUGAUGCUCAAGGCUGCAUGAAUCUGCUGAAGGUGGCCCACAGCUAUACCACGGAGCAUUUCAUUGAAGUGAUUAAGAACCAGGAGUUCCUUCUGCUCCCUGCCAGUGAGAUCGAGAAGCUCCUUGCUAGUGAUGACAUUAAUGUUCCUGAUGAGGAGACCAUAUUUCAAGCAUUGAUGAUGUGGGUAAAACAUGAUUUACAGAAGAGACAACAGGAUCUUGCAAUGCUCCUAUCUUACAUCAGACUACCUUUACUCUCUCCACAGCUUUUGGCUGAUUUGGAAAACAAUCCAAUGUUUGCUGAUGAUCUAGAAUGUCAAAAGCUCCUGAUGGAAGCUAUGAGAUAUCAUCUGUUGCCAGAGAGACGACCCAUGAUGCAAAGUCCCAGAACCAAACCCCGAAAGUCUACAGUGGGAGCACUUUAUGCAGUAGGAGGAAUGGACACUACCAAGGGUGCCACAACAGUAGAGAGAUAUGAUCUCAGGACAAACGUUUGGAUACAAGUAGGUACAAUGAAUGGGAGAAGACUGCAGUUUGGUGUGGCAGUGAUUGAUAGUAAACUGUAUGUUGUUGGUGGGAGAGAUGGAUUAAAGACAUCCAACACUGUGGAAUGCUACAAUCCAACAGCCAAGGUCUGGUCCAUAAUGCCACCAAUGUCUACUCACCGACAUGGCCUAGGAGUAGCAGUACUUGAAGGACCAAUGUAUGCAGUUGGUGGACAUGAUGGAUGGAGCUAUCUUAACACAGUGGAACGAUGGGAUCCACAAGCUCGUCAGUGGAACUAUGUUGCUAGCAUGUCAACUCCAAGAAGCACGGUAGGAGUUGCAGCAUUAAAUGGCAAGCUGUAUGCAGUAGGUGGGCGAGAUGGCAGCUCUUGCCUACGAUCAAUGGAGUGUUUUGAUCCUCACACCAAUAAAUGGAGCAUGUGUGCACCCAUGUCCAAGAGAAGAGGAGGGGUAGGAGUUGCUACGUGCAAUGGUUUUCUUUACGCAGUGGGAGGACAUGAUGCCCCUGCUUCUAACCACUGCUCCAGGCUGUCAGACUGUGUCGAACGGUACGAUCCCAAAACAGACACCUGGACAACCGUGGCACCUUUAAGUGUUCCAAGAGAUGCUGUAGGAGUGUGCCUCCUUGGGGACAAGCUAUACGCUGUGGGAGGAUACGACGGACAGACUUACCUAAAUACUGUAGAAUCUUAUGAUGCACAAAAUAAUGAAUGGACAGAGGAGGUACCUCUAAAGAUUGGAAGAGCUGGUGCUUGUGUUGUUGUGGUCAAACUGCCAUGAAGCCCUGAAAAGAAUGUUUAUUUUGCUUUACUGAAGACCACAAGAGAGUCAAAAAAAAUUGUGCUGUAUAUAUAAAACUAAACAUUCCAAAAACUGUAUCAGCCUCACCACAGACUGGGUUGUACAACAGAAGAGACUCAGCACAAAAUGAGGUGUGCUCUGCUGGAACUCCUCCACAGAAAAUAGACUAAUAAGCCUACUGCCGAAUUAAAUGGAGAUUGUCACAGCCUCAUCACAGAAAGCAUUGUAUAUUGAUGAAGCCUCACCUCACAAUUAAGUGGAUCUUACCAGAGAAUGAGAUGGACAUCAUUGGAACCUCACCUUAGAGUGAGAUGUACACUGACAGCGCCUCAUCACAGAGAGAAAGAAAUACUAUUAUAGGAACCCAGCCUCUUGGAAAACAUUAUUAAUGAAGCUCUUUUAUAAGAAUGAUACUGCUUGAGCUGGUUUACUAGUACUGUACUUAAUGUAGGAGAGAAAUAGAAAGGUUUUGCAUAUGCCAAUGCUCAUAUAAAAGCAUAUUGUAUUACAAUGAAUUAUGGAUUCAGUUUUAAGAAAGUUUUAUCAAUAUCUCUUUAAAAAUAUAAUACGAACAAUCAAAAUUAAAUUACACACUGGAACAACACUUAUUUUUAGACAUCACUUCUAAACUAGUCAAGAAAUACAGAAAAUACUAAAUUAAUCCAUGUAACUAUUUUCGUACACUCAACAAUUCCAUUAUCAGGCCACAAAUCCCUUUCCCAUGAAACCAAAAAGAUAUGUUUCAAAUGAAUUAUCAAAAAUUACAUUUUAAAUAUUUUAACCAAAAUAGGGUUUUAUAAGCAUUGCUCUAUGAAGACAUUAUAGUGACCCUGCCAUAGGUUUAUAUCUGUAGGAAAGGUACUACUAAAUAAUGUUAUAAUAUUGUGCAAAGACAAACAGGUCUGGGCAAUUUUCCUUAACUACUCUGUUGCUCUUUACCAUUUCAAUACAAUUAUCAUCAGUAAUAUCACAAUACAAGAGAUAGCAAGAAACUCCAGGGAUACUGCAAAGCCCAUCCUGCACAAACAAUAUGGUACAUAAAGUCAGUACCAUACACAUAUUAGUAGCCUAAAGUGUUCAUCCUAAUUUUAAGUUUUUAUUCUAUUUCAAAUAUAUUCACCCCAAAAGAAUCUUUUAAAAAUUUUCAAAAUGUGCAUUAUUUAGCUUUAAACUUUUAAUUGUCCCAAUGCAAAAUGUAUAGCAGCUUCAAACUUAAUAAAAUGUGGCUGAUAAUAAAAUGGCA